UAUGGUUGACGUCGAAGGCAGGGCGUUUUUGUGACUCGCCUGCGAUCUAAUGUGGAUCUGGUUCUCGCCGUGUACGAGUUGUGUGGAUUUGUGCGAGCGUUGCCAAAAAAUAUAGGCGUCAAGUUUGUUGUGUGUAUAGUCAUUUCUGCCGCACUGGAGUGUGUACAUUUCAAAUAAUAUUCUAGCGCAGCCAAUCGGUCGUCCGUUUGACGGCAAGCAGUGCUCGUUUCAUGUUUUUUUGUGCAUUUUUUCGAGUAUUGUGAGUGUGUCGGGAAACCAUUCGCCGUUGAUAGUUGCACAAAUUUUCAUAGCAGCGACUUUCGAUUGCCUGAGUAGCGGAGACUCGUGCGGGGAAUGUCGGUAAAGAUUUGAAAACGCCGAAUUGAGUGGUUGGAAUCGCUCGCGUGAUAUCCUGCUAGCGGACGCGGCAUCCUGAAACCGGGGAGUAUUUUGAUUUUGCGUUCCAUUGUCGUGUGAUUUCAGUUGACAACCGCAGGGGGUUGUGUCGUAGGGCUCCAGUUGCUCUCCCCCUUCAUUUGUCACUCGGGGCUCCGGUGUGCAAAAGUGAUAUCGAGUGCGUGAUUUGUAGAGAAAGUAACAAAAUCCAAAAGUCGGCGGCGCUUAGCUGAGAGAGAAACUGUGAAUUUCCAUGUAAUUUAUCAGCGGAUUUGUGCAGUUGGCUUUCUUAUUGUGCAACCAGGCAACGCUCGAACUCGGUAUCUGAAAGGCCAUCGUCACAGAGCCCAAUGAGAAUGGAUGUAAGCAAUCACACGCAAAGCACGCCAAGUCGAAGUAAUAGUCGAACUAGUUCGAACUCGGAAAUAGACAAGGAAUUGGCUGAUUUAGAAAUAACAGGCACAAAAAAUGGCAAUAAUGUAACAAAAAGACGUAUAUCAAGUAGUCGAACGCCCACAAGGAAAGCAAAAAGGAUACGUUUUUAUCGCAAUGGUGAUCGAUUCUAUCCGGGCAUCACGAUACCUGUAUCGAAUGAACGUUAUAGAUCAUUCGAUAGUUUAGCAGAGGAUCUAACAAGACUUUUAGAAGAAAGUGUGAAAAUUCCUGGCGCUGUGCGAAAUAUUUAUACGCUUAGUGGUAAAAAGGUCUCUAAUCUAGAAGAGCUAGAAGAUGGACAAAAUUACGUAUGCUCUUGUAAUAAUGAAAACUUCAAAAAGAUUGAAUACAACGUUCAACAGACAAACAAUUCGAAUAAAUCAAAUAAUCGAUUAUCACGAGUAUUUCGCCCGCAAUCACCACUCAAAAAUGGUACAAAUGGAAGUCCAACUUUAAGGUUAAGUGAGCGUGAUAGCGUGGUGCAUCCACGAAUUGUAACGUUGAUCCGUAAUGGUACUAAACCUAGAAAGGUUAUGCGUUUGUUGCUUAACAAAAGGAAUAGUCCCAGUUAUGAGCAUGUAUUGCAAGCAAUAACACAAUGCGUAAAGCUCGAUACAGGCUGUGUACGUAAAGUCUUCACUCUAAACGGCACUCCAUGUCUUCAGUUGGCCGAUUUCUUUGGCCAGGAUGAUGUUUUCUUUGCAUACGGUACAGAACGUGUCGGCGCUGAUGAUUUUAGACUAGAAUUAGAAGAAAGCAAAGUGAUAAAACAGACACGAAAAACAUUACGAAAUGGUGCACCAUAUACAGGACCUAAACCAAAAAUGCCCGUUAAAAACAAAAAUGUACAUAAUGUUACUUAUGAAUGCGUAGAGGAAACACUUAAUGAGACUGGAAUCCAAACGCAAGAUCUUCCCAAUGUCAUACGUGAACGAUACUCUCUUGGGCAGAUUAUUGGCGAGGGAAACUUUGCAAUUGUGUUAAAUGUUAGAGAUAAGAAGACAAAUGAUAUGUACGCAUUAAAAAUUAUCGAUAAGUCUAAUUGUAAAGGCAAAGAACAUUACAUUGAUGCUGAGGUUAGGGUCAUGAAGAAGCUGAAACAUCCGCAUAUUAUAUCAUUAAUAUUGGAUGUUGAUCAGCAAAAUAAUAUGUACUUGGUCCUCGAGUACGUCAGUGGUGGCGAUUUAUUUGACGCGAUUACACGUGUAACAAGAUUCUCAGAAGAUCAAUCUAGGAUAAUGAUCAAGCAUCUAGCCUCUGCCAUGGCUUACUUACAUUCCAUGAGUAUUGUGCAUCGAGAUAUUAAGCCUGAAAAUUUGCUUGUGGAGCUUGAUGAGAAAGGAAAUGUUGUCAUGCUAAAGCUUGCCGAUUUUGGAUUAGCAUGUGAAGUAACCGAACCAUUGUUGGCAGUCUGUGGUACCCCAACAUAUGUUGCUCCCGAAAUUUUAUGGGAGACAGGCUAUGGAUUGAAGAUUGAUGUUUGGGCUGCCGGAAUCAUACUCUAUAUAUUGCUUUGUGGUUUCCCGCCAUUUGUCUCGCCUGAUAAUCAACAGGAACCCCUAUUCGAUGCAAUUCUAUUGGGCGUCUAUGAAUUCCCCGAACCAUAUUGGACAGAUAUCGGAGAAGGUGUCCGCGACCUCAUUUCAAAUAUGCUGCAAUCUGAUCCAGAUGUACGAUUCACCAGCGAAGACAUCCUUGACCAUUAUUGGACACUGGGUGAAGCAAAUGACUAUAGCUGAGUAGUGAAAAAUUAUUAUAUUUUGAUAUAAGGAGGGAACGUUAAAAUAAAAUAUCACCCCUAAAAAGAGGCAUUAAAAUAAACGACAAGUUACGGCGAUAACAAGUCCAAUUAUUUAAGUUUCUUCGUUCAUUUAGUUAUUUUAUUUUCUAAAUGGAUAAUUUUGUACGUGUGAUUGUGUUAUAUCCAGUCUUGAAAAAGACUAUGGUCAUACACGCCUAGAUUAUUUGGUAUUUAGAUAUAUAAAUAAAUAGAAUUUUAAUUACUUGACUACAACCGAUAUCUAUAAUUGAGCACUUUUUUAAAAAAACUCGAAAGUGGAUUACAACAAUGAUAUGAAAAAAUAGAGAGAACGAACGAUAAUUACGUUAAUUAGUUACAAUUAGUUUGAAAUCUACGCAUAUAGCAUGUUUAUUUUUUAUUAUUCUAUUGUUCGAAGUAAUUUAUUCUCCUAUUUAAAUAAUUUUAUAUUUCAGUAACGAUGAUAUUCCUUUACGAUUAAAACUGUAAUUGUAGAGUUUUUAUAAUUCAUUAUUUUAUUUUGCUGUGGAUGUUAUUGUAAUUGUGACAUUAAAUAUUUUUUUUUCGUAUUUUACCAUUUUUUUUUGUUGUUGCGUACGUUUUUAACGAUCAAUUUUUCGAUAAGGAAACGAAAUAAUUCGCAAAAGUUUUAUCUAGUAUGAAUAAGUAUAACUUGGACGACGAAAUAUUUGAUAUUUUUAUAUCAUUCUUAAUAAGUUAGUUAUUAUUACGUUAAAAAAUAUUUAUUUAAAGCCUAAAAUUAAACUGGACUUGAUAGAUGAAUGAUACCAACUUUUAGAGUGUACAGAAUCUGUAAAAGAGACAUUUUAUUAAUAGGUUUUAUAGUGGAAUAGCAAAAUGCAAAUAUUUAAAUAAAAAAGACAACGAGAUUCUUUCCUUUUAAGUUUAGUAGCCAAUAAGCUGUCACCAUUAAGUCUGCACAGCUAAUUUUAUCAUUUUAUCAAUGACUUCCAUGAAAAUAGUGUUAUUGAUAUUACAAUUUCAAUUGAAUUCAUUCUUCAUGCAUUUUUUGAUAACUCGCAUUACCGAUCAGAGACUCUAUCUCUUUUUAUGUAGACUAUGUUUUCAGUAAGACAUUCCUUUACCAAAUAGAAACCCAAUACGCAUUUUUUUAUGGAAACUAUUAUAUUAUUUACAGAAGUGACGAUUUUAAAUAUUGCAAUAUCGCAUGGUAGAAAAACGCGUAUAUACAUAACAUUGUACUGCUUGCUUUUUUUUCUUUUGUAAUCUGAACAGAACAAGUAUUUUCGAUAAAAACAGGAUAUUAUGUCAUAGAUAUACACAUAUAUAUUUUAAUAUAUUUCAUUAAUUUGGUUGGAAUUCAUGAUGGAAGUAAUAAUAUCAUCAAUUGUGUAAGAUAUUCAAAUAUAUUUUAGACGCAAACAUUACACCAAA